AUGAUUAAAACGAUGUGGACGAUAUUGCUGCUGUUGGAGAAAAUGUUACUAGUAUGGCUGUUAACGAUGGAGAAGAGUAGUGGUCAUAUGGUUGUGGUUAGUGGUAGUUUGCCAAACUAUCACACCGUGCUGCAAUUCGCACGCGAGGAAUUUGUCACCACUCGACGUAUGAAACGCUUUUGGACCAGUACUGGAUUAUGUCCGCCGGAGCCACGAAACAGAAGUGGAGCGUUCUUGCUGUCGAGAGAUUCGUUGAUGAAUUUGGAGCUGAUUGCCGCGCUGCCGAACCGUGCUAUAAGCCAUGUGCGGGUUCAUUGGCUUCUAGAGCUGCUUGAAGUUUCCCUGGAACAGGAACAGUUUCGUUUUAACUUUACCGGAUUGGACGUCUUCUUGGAUCAUCUCCGGCAUGUUGGACUGCAACCCGGCUUCGAGCUAAUGGGUGUACCGAAAGGAAACCUGCCAGCAGCAGUGUGGUUGCAAUCUUAUGCACCGGUAUUUUGGAAGGACCUGGUACAGCAACUGGUGGGAAGAUACAUGGACCGGUACGGUGGACGGUAUGUAAGCAGGUGGAGAUUUGAAGCGUGGAAUGAGCCCGACUUAAGGACCUACAAUUUGCUAAAUUUCACCGUACAUGAUUACUUAUCCUACGUAUUUGCUAUCCGGGACGGAUUGCUUGCUAUGGAUCGAAAAGCUCACACACGGCCGCCGUACAGGCAUAUGAGCUCGGCGGCGAAAUUGUUUCCACUUUACGGACCGGCGGGUCUCUUCAAAUCGGUCCAACAUCAUCCGUUUUGCUGGUCCGUGAUAAAGGUGUGUAGUGCGAACGUUACGCAUGGCUGUCCAUUCGACACGAUCACGUUUCAUCGAAAGGGCAGCGGCCGUUGGGCAUCGGAAGUAUUGGACGGUGGCCGCCAGUUGCUUGAGGAUAUUCUGAACAGUUUUCCACCCGUCGGACGACUUAAGUUUGCUAACGACGAAGCCGAUCCUAUAGCCGGAUGGUCGACGGGUCGCCCCUUCCAGGCGGAUGUGCGGUACGCGGCUAUGCUAUUCUCUAUCGUCACUCAACACUGGUCAGAAAUCGCCGAAGGUAGCGACUUGGGACGACGUUUGCAGUUUCUAUCCCAUGAUAAUGCGUUUCUCAGCUACUAUCCGUACGUGUUCGAGCAGCGUACGCUGUUGGCGCGGUUCCAGAUGAAUCUUACCAAUCCACCACACGUGCAAUUCAUCGCAAAGCCUGCGUUUUCCGCACUCGGACUGCUAGCAAACCUGGGACCAUUCGCUGGACCGACGCAAUUUUUAAAUGGGAACGUUUCAUACGUACUUUCGGUUGAUAAACCCAUGAAGUACGUGUGUCUGGUGGCAUCACGCUCAAACGAUAGCUUCCCGCUGUGGACAAAGCGAUCGUAUGUUAAUUUGACCAUCCCGACCGUUAUGGUGCGUGAUGAUCGGUUUCACACUUUCCAUCGGAUAAGCACCCUGAUAGAAACCAUCCAGGACGGUCGGAACGAUCCGUUUCGAUUGUGGCAGCGGCAAGGGAAGCCACCAUUUCCGACAACUGCACAGCUGGCUGCAAUGCGUGCAGUGCAGCUUCCCAGUAUUUUGUACGCCAAAUCCCAAGUGGUAGAGUUUGGAAAGGGUUCGAAGGGGACAGACAUUGUUUUGAACUUGCGCGGCCCUUGGAUUGUUAGUGUGAGAUUGUGCAGUGAACAUUACCCUCCACCCGGUCGGGUGCGCAACGUACGCGUUAGGACCGUGCAUCGUGACGAAGUUUUAAUUUUUUGGCACGCGGCGAUGGGGAAAAAACAAGGAAAGCGGUGUAUUCAAACGUAUGAAGUGUGGUUCAAAUCUAUAAAGUGCAGUGUAAAGUGUAAAGCAACCGGUAGAGUGCAGUGUAAAUGGUGUCAUAUCAAUGUUUCCAAGCAUACUCCGUUUAUGUUUUACCAAUAUGUGCAAAACUUUACUUUUCCUGCAAUUACACGUGCUGCCUGCAAAGAAGUAUGUUCCGGCAUAACUGGAUAUUAUAAGGUUCGAGCUGUUGAUUUGUUUGGUAGAAAAGGACAAUUUUCAAGGGCAGUGUACUAUAAGGCAAGUGAGAUGUAG